AUGAUAUUCUUGCCAUCAGCGGCAAUCGCUACGAUUUUCAGCAUGUCCUCAUCCUUCGACAAAAGCCACCAGAACGAGCUACUGGUUUCGUCAGAAUUCUGGAUCUUCUGGUCGGUCGCCAUACCCCUAACCGCAGUCGUGCUUGUGAUAUAUGCUCUCUGGGCACAGAGAGCGGGAGUCAGAGCCUGGUUGGCUGAGAAGAGGCGGAAGAGAUAUCUGAAGCAACAGAAAAGACUCGGCAGCGACAAAAAGCCGAUGGGAAAAGGGUCUCGACAAGGGUGA